GCUUCGAAAGUGAGUUCUUUCGUUUUACUGCUCUACCCUUUUUAAACUCUUGCUGUUCCACACAAAUAUUCCAAUACAAUGAAUGACACAGAGGCAACUCCACAGCGACUGAAGGAGGGUGUCCAACACCUUAAAGAAUGGCUGGCCAAACAACCGCACCUCCCGAACGUGGAUGACGAGGAAUGGCUCGCUACCUUUUUGUGUCAAUGUAAGCUUAGCCUGGAGAAAGCGAAGUCUAAACUAGAUGGCUAUUUCAGUUACAGAAACAAAUAUCCUCAGCUUCUCAAAAAUCGGAACCCUUUUUCUCCAGAGAUCGUCCAGGCGAGGGAGGCCGUCACGAUAGCCGCCUCGAGAGACCUCACGAAAUCCAACUCCCGGAUCCUCCACUUCUGGCCGAGCGGGGACACUUCCAUCUUCGACAUCGACGCCGGCGUCAAGCGGCUGUUCAUGAUCGUCGACGCCGCCUACCUGGAGCACGAACGUCACGUCAACUAUGUCGGCAUCUUCGACCUGCGCACCAUCAACUACACGUACUUCCUCAAGUCGCUCCCGCGCAUCCCGCACAUGGUCGACAUCUUCUUCAACGCCUACACGGAUCGCGUCGUCUCCUUCAACGUCAUCAACGGGCCCCCGGUCGUGAACCUGAUCGUCAAGACGUUCAUGAAGUACCUCCCGGAGAAAUUGGCCGAGCGGGUCUACGUACAUGACCACGUCUCGGAUCUGCUCGAGUGUAAGUGGGUGGACCCGGACGUUCUUAGCGAGGACUUCGGCGGGAAUGGGCCCAGUCUCAAAGAAUAUGAUGAGUACACCACAUCGAGUUUGGAGAAACACGCUGCCUGGUUCGCCGAGCAGGACUUCAUUUGCUCGAACGAGGAACUCCGGAGGAAGGAAGACAACGAUCCAGAUCAGCUCCAGGGCUCUUUCAGGAGAUUGGAGGUCGACUGGUGUUUUAGGAAUAGAUUAAAGGCCAUGUCUCCUGUAGCAGAAGUAAUAGAAGACACAGAUGUGACCCCACAGCGGAUAAAGGAGGGAGUCCAGCACCUCAAAGAAUGGCUCGCCAAACAACCGCACCUUCCAAACGUGGAUGACGAGGAAUGGCUCGCCACAUUCUUGUGUCAAUGCAAGCUCAGCCUUGAGAAGACAAAAUCCAAACUGGACGGCUAUUUCAGCUACAGAAACAAAUAUCCCCAAUUUCUCAAAAAUAGGAACCCUGCAGAUCCAGAGGUCAUGCUCGCCGGUAAAUCCUACAAUUUGUCAAUCUCGAGCAAGCUCACCAAAUCCGGCGCCCGAAUCCUCCACUUCGCGCCCGGCGAAGACCCGAGCAUCUUCGACGUUGACGCCCUCGCCAAGCGGAUGUUCAUGGUGACGGACGCCAUGUACCUGGAGAAGGACAGACACACCAACUACGUCACCGUCACGGACUGCCGGCACCUCCACUACAUGCACUUCCUCAGAGCUCUGACGCGGAUCCCGCAAAUCGUCGACGUCUACGUCAACGCGUACACGGAGCGCGUCGUCUCUUUCAACGUCAUCAACGCCCCCAGCUUCAUAAACAAAGUGGUGAACAUGUUCAAGAACUACCUGCCGGAGAAGAUCGCGAACAGGAUAUAUGUCCACGAGGAAGCAUCGGAGUUACUGGAGUGUGAGUACGUGGACGAAGAUGUCCUCGCAAAGGAGUUCGGUGGAAACGGGCCCAAUAUCAAGGAAUACGAUGAAUUCACGGUGCGCCUUUUAGAGAAGCACGCGGGGUGGUUUGCAAAGCAGGAGUCCGUUUGCUCGAACGAGGAACUCCGGCGAAAAGACGAUGCCAAGCCAGAGGAGCUCCAAGGCUCUUUCAGAAAGUUGGAGGUUGACUGA